UGAUCAUCAUCCGAUGAAGCUUUGACCCUACCCACUGGGUUAUUCAAGGUUCACCGAUCAGUUCUCGGGGAAGGCGGAGUUCGAAGCCACGAUCCAGCAUGUCUCUUCCAUCUAUGCAGAAAGCAAACCUGGAUGUCAUUCCGCUCGACACGCACGGAAAAAUCUCCAAGCAGACGGCUGAAUUACAUGGGGUGGCCGUUACGAAAGUCACUUUCAAUCCCGGCGCCAGAUGGUCCACUGACUUGCGAGAUUACGCUGGCACUUCGAGUUGUGAACUCCCGCAUGUAGCGCUGGUCCUCAGUGGGACGCUAGCUGUACGGAUGGACGAUGGGAGUGAGGAACGGUUCAGCAAAAAUGACAUUAUGAUGUUGCCGCCGGGACAUGAUGCGUGGUGCGAGGGUGAUCAGCCCGCGGUUUUCGUGGAGUUUAGUCGAGGCGGGGAGUACUACGAUGAUCAGAAAAGGUAA